AAUGACAGUCUGCUUGUAUGUGGACAGGGGAUACCGUUUGCAGAACAUCUCGCACUGAAGGAUUACAUUUGCAAUUAGUAUAUUCUAUUACUAUUAUCAUUAUUCGAGGAGAUAACGAAGCUACGGAAAGACGGACUGCAUGGACCGUGGUUGGAUAUUACAGUUUUAAAUUGUUGUCCCUUACCAUCUUUAGCACUUUUUUCCUUAUAAAAUUCAACGUCACUCAUUUUUAAAAAAUUUGAUCAACUAAAUCGGUACCUGGAGUGUCAAUAGACAGAUGGACAAUAAGGGAUGUUCACCUACCGUCUCGCAGAAGUAAUAGAAGGCUGUAUAGGCUGAUGGGACGGCUUGUUGGAAUACUUAUGCGAAAGCAACUUGUAUAAAGAGAGCCAGAGCUGGACCAACCCAGGAGUAAGAAAACAGAUUAAGCCACAAAUGGCUGAACCCGGUAGUGAAGGUGGAGUCGCCUUGAGAGCCAACAGCAGGAAGGACUGAGGCACAUUUCCUGGAUCCUUUCAGACCGGAGACAGGAGAGCGGUGGAGGCAGCAUGUGGGAUGGACUGGGCCUACGGAUUAUGCUUAUGUGUUUGUGGGUGGGGAUUUCUUGCCACGCUCACACAACAUUGGACCAUGCCCACCAGAAGCAUCUACCACUCCAUAGGCACAGAGAGAGAAGCAAAGAGGGGCAGGUCCUACACCGCACAAAAAGGGGUUGGGUUUGGAACCAGUUCUUUGUUAUUGAAGAGUACACUGGACCAGACCCUGUGCUAGUAGGCCGGCUACACUCGGACGUCGACUCUGGCAAUGGAAACAUCAAGUAUGUUCUUUCUGGAGAAGGAGCAGGCACAAUCUUUGUCAUUGAUGACAAAACGGGGAACAUUCAUGCCACAAAGACUUUAGACCGGGAGGAGCAGGCCCAGUACACUCUAAUUGCACAAGCAGUGGCUCGUGACACCAACAAGCCCCUGGAACCACCGUCACAGUUUGUGGUUAAGGUGCAGGACAUCAAUGACAACCCUCCAGAGUUCCUCAAUGGCCCUUACUAUGCCAGUGUCCCUGAAAUGGCUGGUGUCGGUACUUCAGUGAUACAGGUGACAGCUACUGACGCAGAUGAUCCAACAUACGGAAACAGUGCAAUGUUGGUUUACAGCAUUCUCCAGGGCCAACCCUACUUCUCAGUGGAGCCUCAGACAGGUAUCAUCAGAACAGCCCUACCAAAUAUGGACAGGGAGGCCCGGCAGGAAUAUGAUGUGGUCAUCCAGGCUAAGGACAUGGGAGGUCAUAUGGGCGGACUGUCUGGCACAACAGAAGUCAAAAUUGUCCUCACGGAUGUCAAUGACAACCCUCCAAAGUUCCCUCAGAUGCAAACCACCUGGGGUGAUUCCGCUCUCCGAACAGCCUAUUAUGAGGGGUUGGCUCCCCGUAUCCAGGAUGAGCUUGCCGGACGGGAGCUCCCCACCACUUUGGAGGGUCUUAUUCAACUGGCCCUCCGUAUCGACCAACGGAUGAGCUCGCGUCCGAGGCCAACUCCCCGUACCCUGCUGCCCACCUCGUUUCAUCUGCCAGCAUACUCUCCAACAUCGGCUGGUGCUGUCUCUCCACCUCGACCUGUGGACCACUCGGGAGCAGGGGAACCCAUGCAGUUAGGGCGCGCCUCCCUGACCACUGUGGAGAGGGAUAGGCGUUAUAGGGAAGGCCUUUGUGCCUACCGUGCCUCUCCCAAGCACCACCGCGCCAUCUGCCAUCUCCGUCCGGGAAAUGGGGCCGCAGGGAACUUUAUUGACCAAACCUAUGCCAAACAACUGGGGGUGGAGCUGGAGGCGUUACCCCAGCCGGUUCCGAUCACUGUGGUGGACGGUCGGCCCCUUACCACCAGUCCCAUCACCCACCAGACUCAAUUCAUCUCCCUCAGCGGCACCCAUGGCUUCUUCAGCACGAUCCCCUCAUCACCUGGACCCAACAACGGAUUCUUCAGUGGGGGUCGACCUGCUCUGAACUAUGCCUACAGGCAACGGCUGGGGCGUGCUCCAGGGAGCCCGAGGCCCCCGAUGUCGACCCAGAGGCCAUCCCCCAGCCAUACCAUGACCUGGCGGAGGUCUUUUGCAGGAAACGGGCCGUGA